AUGGAGACGACUGCAUUCUUCAACCUGCCCGACGCCACCCUUGGCAACGGCCAUGGCGAAAAGACGCCGUUCGUUGCCACUGCUGCCCAGUACAACGUCUCAACCCACUGGAGGACGACCGAGGUUCAAUCGUUGAACAAGAAAUCUCUCUUUGACUGUUUUGCAGGAACCAUUCCAGUUAUCAGGCAGAAGGAUUUCCUGUCCCAGGAUGAGUGCGCGAAAAUGGUCGAGGUUCUCAAAUCUCACAAGAUUGGGAUAUACAACACAGACCAUGUCUGGCCCCGUGUGGGUUGUGUUGGGGUGGCCCAAACGGACCAUGUUCAUAACAAAGACGCGUACUUCUCUGCUGUCAAUGACGCAUUGUCGCUCCAAAAUCGGUGGAAGAGAGAGCUAGGCAUCGACAUUAUAGAAAGAGUGGCAGAAAGUCUCCACAAGGCAUCCGGAAUGCUGGUCCGCAAAGCUCGUGAGGGCGAACGCGAGUAUUUUGCCGGGGUGAUUCGAGCAAUUGACACCGGCAUCCAGAUCCACGCUGACCAUGCCCCUUUUGAAGGUAAUGGGUGGGAGAUCGGCGGCAUUGUAGCACAAAUGUCCUGGAACAUCCUACUCAACCCGGUCCCCGGCGGGGACACGAUUAUUUAUGAUCGAACCUGGCAUGCACCCCAAGACGACAUCAAGUGGCGCAAGGAGUUCCCCAAGUAUGCGUACGACCCUCAGAUUGUCGACGGGUGUGCCAUCAAGGUUGUGAAGCCUACGCCAGGAGAUCUGUACUGGUUUAACCCUCGGUAA